AUGGCAGGCGAAAGACUCAGCUCCAUCCUCAAGCACUUGACACCUGGCACGUCAGGAUUGUCUUCAAUCACAUCCAAGAACGCCGACGAUGUAGUCAUCACCCUGGCUAUCCGGACUCCGCUAGCAAAGGGCUUCAAAGGUGGAUUCAAGGAUACCGAACUAGAUUAUCUGGUCUACGCUCUGCUGAAGCAGGUCAUUCAGAAGUCCAGAAUUGAUCCUCAGCUGGUGGAGGAUAUCUGCUGUGGCAAUGUUUCUGACGGGACAGCCGCAUACAAAGUUCGUGCCGCAGCUCUCGCAGCCGGCUUCCCAAACACCACUGCCGCCUCGACCGUUAACCGCUUCUGCUCUUCCGGCCUGAAGGCUACUCAAGACAUUGCGGCACAGAUUGCCUCUGGAAGCAUCGACAUCGGCUUGGCUAUGGGCGCCGAGAUGAUGUCUGUUGGUGGUGAUAGACUGGAGAAGCCCUUCCACGCCGAAGUUGUCGCCAAUCAGGAAGCCGCAGACUGCAUGCAGCCCAUGGGACAAACAUCCGAGAACGUCGGCAAGGACUUUAAUGUCAGCCGCGAGUCACAGGACCGAUACGCGGCUGAGAGUUAUCAGCGCGCAGAGGCUGCACAAAGGGCUGGAUGGUUUGAUGACGAGAUUGUGCCUAUUGUGGCGGAGGUUAAGGAUCCCAAGACAGGAGAAGUUAAGCGGGUUACUUUGACUAAGGACGAAGGACCGAGAUGGGGUACUACGUUUGAGAGUCUGAGCAAGAUUAGACCCGCGUUCCCGGAUUUCGGGGAUCGGUCUACUGGCGGAAACUCAUCUCAAGUCACUGAUGGAGCUGCCGCUAUCCUGAUGAUGAAGCGCUCCCGUGCUAUCGAGCUUAACCAGCCCAUCCUCGCCAAGUUCGUCGGUGCGACCGUUUCCGGUCUUGCUCCCCGCAUCAUGGGGAUUGGCCCAUCCAUCGCCAUCCCAAAGCUCCUUACCAAGUUCAACAUCACGAUCGACGAUUGCGAUGUCAUCGAGUUGAACGAGGCCUUUGCUUCUAUGGCUGUAUACUGCAAAGACACUCUGAAGAUCCCGCGCGAGAAGAUGAACAUCCGUGGUGGUGCUAUUGCGCUGGGUCACCCGCUGGGUGCGACUGGUGCUCGACAAAUCGUGACGGGGUUGAGUGAGGCGAGGAGGCAGAAGAAGAAGAUUCUGUUGACGAGUAUGUGUAUCGGUACUGGCCAGGGUAUGGCUGGGCUUUUCGUUAACGAGGUGUUGUAG